GGCUGUUUGAUUUUGUUCUCUCUCUCCAUCUCUCGGAUUUCGAAAAUUUUUAGUGGUUAAAAUUGCAACAACGUGCAAAAUUACAUAAACUCUCGGCCUCCCUCCCCAAAUUGAAAAUUCAAUACUGUUUCGGUCGAAUCGUUUCGACUUUUAUAAUAAUAGAGAAAAAAAAAAUGGAAAAAAACGCCCAAGAGCUGUUCCUCGCGGAAUUCAUGGUGGACCGCGUGAAAAUCCCGUCGGUCCAGGCGCAGGUGGGCAACGACGAGACGAGCACCCAGCCCAAGACCUGCAUCGAGUUCAAGAUCCUCAGUCUACCGCCGAUCUUCAUCUGCCAAGAGCCGACCUCAGGUAGCAACUGCACCUGCCUCGGCGACGAGCCGCUCGUCUUUCGCAAGGGCAAGUCCUGCCUGUUCGCCCUGCCCAGCCACCUGCUCGCCAAGCCCGUCUGCAGUUUCCCGGUGCUCAUGACGGCCUACAAGAUAUUUCCGCCCGACACGCUGCCGGACGUGAUGACGUUAGGCCAGUGUCAGAUCGACGUGCGCGACAUCGUCAACGACCUGAUGCAGGAGUCGGCCUGCAAGGCCGAGCGCACCAGCCCCUGCAAGGCCAUGAAGAACAACUUCAGGAUACAGACGCCGACGGGUCAGUGCGUCGGCGAGGUGUGCGCCUUCGUGCGCAUGUCGAGACUGGGCAAGAAGGUGGUGACGCAGUUCCAGACGCCGCACAACAAGAAGCCCUACCUGUUCAAGGGUAGGGACAGGAGCUCGGUGUUUCAGUGCAGGAAGGUGGAGGAGAACGCGGACGACUGCUGUCCCAAGCCCAAGUGUCCCAUGGAGAAACCGUCCAAGUCUUGCGGAGGAGGAGGUGGACAGAAGAGUCAGAAGUCCUGCGGAAAGAAGAAGAGCUCGUGUGGACAGUCGGCCGAAACGGAUCAUUGCGGGAGCAAUUUCAAUGCCGAGGAAAAAACGAGAAAGUGCGGAUGUAAAAUAAAAGAUGGCAAAGGCUGCGGCGGAUGCUAGUUAAAACGAGAAAAAUAUCAAAUUAUUCAAGCCAGCUCGAGCAAGUUUUGUCGCAUC